AAAUGGUUAAUGUUGUAGCUGCACCACAUUUCGAAGAUAUCGAAAAUAUCCACCUUUGUGUAGACUGCAACCUACUCUCCAAGAAAACUUUGGCUGAGGAUAGAAAUAUGAUGAAGUUCUUUUCAAAUAUUUUGCAAAGCUCACAAGCACAAAAUAAAGUUCAGGAUAACAAGGAACGGUAUAUCAACAUAGUCGGUAAAGUCAUGUGUUUUAUGGCUACAAGAAAAGCACUCUAUUCUGUUCCUUCACUCAGUAAAAACGUCCACGAACAAAUAAGCUCGUUAAUACUUUCUCCACAGCAACUCCGUCAUUUAUACAACAACUCUUUAAAAAAAAUUAUAAUCGGUCCCUUAGGCAGUGGUAAGACAGUGCUAGCUUUAGCACAUUUGGAAAUUGCUUACGAGCGCUCUGAGAAUAGAUCGAUCAUAUACUACGUAGUUUGGGACGGCAACACAUUGCUGAAACGGGAUAUUGUCAAUCAUACUAAAAGAUUUAAUUACAAAGCCGCUGUCGAAGUUGUUGUAAAGGAUAAUGUCGAGUUAGCUCAGGAUUUGAAAAUGAAUGAAGUGCCAACACCAUACCAGUUAAUAGAGUCAUUGGUUAAGAAACAUGUUGACCAAAACCUGCAUCUAAUAAUUGAUGAAUUAAAUGGAGAGUUAUUGAACAAGGAAGAAUCAUCUUUGCUUAAACACUAUCUGGAGACUGAAGGAAAAUUAAAUAACUCCUUCAUCAUUUUUUUCCCACAAUCCAUUGAGAAACAUAGAACAUUAAUUUCACACCAAAAAGUCACAAUACAUGACAAGUACAAGUAUGAAGAAACAGGAAUGAAAGUAUUAAAACUUAACAGAGCAAUGAGAACAACCCGGAUAAUCUUUCAGUUUUUAAAGGCUUUUGAAAAUGAAGUAGAACAAGACAAGGUAACAAUUAAGCUUCCCGAUCAGGAAUCAAAAGAUGCAAUAUCCACCAAAACAAAAAUCGAAAAAAAAAAGAAUCUCCUUUCCAAAUUUUGGCAACAACUGAAACAACCACAACAACAACGGCGACAACAACAGCAGCAGCUGCAGCAACCACCACCACCACGACAACAACAAGAACAAGGACAAACUACCAGUAGCAAUGCCACGCCGAUAAUAAAAGGAGAAGAAGAAGUAUUUAAAACACCGGUUGAUAUUGAUGUCGUUGCAGCUUCAAUACAAGAUGGGGAUCUUUCGGGUAAUGUUAGAAUUGAUACUUCAUUAAAAUUCAAUACAGCGUAUUCAAUCGGUCAUAAUAUCGAAGGAACAAAACCGUUAUUGAUACAUCCGGCAAAUACUCCAACAACAGACAAAGAGUUUAUACCAAUGUUAGCGCUUGUUUUACAAGAUGUAUGUUUACAUCAUGCCACUAAACGUUUGUUCAUAUAUAACACAUUCCCUCAAAAGGAUAUUUUUUACAGAUUACUAAAACUGUUAAAAAUUGAUUUUCUUCACUACGACAAGUACACUGACUGGAAAGUUUUAAAUUGUGAUGAUAUCAUAGUUAAAAAUCCCUUGCAGAGUCAAAAUUAUAACCUGCUCACUACUAUUGAGGGAAGUCGUGGAGUUGAAGCAGCCGAAUGCAUCUGUAUAAUUGAAAGCAAUGAUUGCAAGUUAAAACAUUUGACGUUAGAAGCAAUGUCCAGAGCAACACAAAAUCUGGUCCUUGUUUCAGCGUCCAACGUCUACCAAUCGGAUACAGUAAAAUCAUCAACUGGUCAUAUCAUCAGUAAACUGUUAACUGAACAUUUGGUUGAAUACAAUGUAGAAGUCUCAAACGAUGAAGAUACAGAAAUACCGUUCACAAAGUCUAUGAAAAGUAACAAUAAAAUAGUUUUUAACAUAAAACCACAAUAUUGGAAAUUCAAAAAAAUGAUAAAAGAUUUGGAACAUGUUGGUUUUCAGGCAACGGAUGAACGCCUAAAUGCGCAUGAGAUCGUUAGGAAAAACCUUUAUCCUCCUGGAAAAGUGAGCAAUAUAAUUUGCUCAUAUUUGUCAAGUACAUCAUGUAUAUUGAGAUGGCAACAGGACGCUGAUAAGUACACCGUUAGUAGACAAGAAAGUAUUAGUUUAACCUGGAAUAACUUAGCAAAUGACAUUUCUUGCAAUCAAUACAUCGUUGAUGACAUGGAAAUUGGUAAAUCGUGCAAGUUUUGUGUAGUUGCUAAAAAUCAUCUUGGUGUAUCUGAUGACAGCAUUGUGUCUUAUCGUCACAAACUUCCAAACGUUAAGGGUGUCAGAUUUAAAGAUAUCGUAGAAAUUAUUAAAUCUAACGAUAUCAACAAAUUGAAAAAAUUACUAUCCAUUCAUCCAAACAUCGUUCACAUGAGAGAUGAAUAUGAUUACACACCAUUGUUGUGGACAGUAUGGAACACCAACAAUACAUCAAUGGUGGAAAUACUCAUCUCAUAUGGGAGUGAUGUUUGGGCGAAAGAUAGUGGGAAACGAAACAGUUAUCAUUGGGCUGCAAUUGAAGAUCGUCACACAAUAUUAGAUAUGUUAUGUCGACAUGAUGUAACAAACAUCAACCGUGUAGAUGUUCUCAACUUCACACCAUUACAUUGUGCUGCAAUGGAUGGUUACAUCUCAUGUGUUGAUGUUUUGUUGCGUCAUGAAAAUAUUGAUGUGACAAUCAAAGAUCAAUAUGGAGAAACAGCUUAUGAUGUUGCUGGAGUAUGGAUGAAUGAACAAAACCGGGAAAUAAUAAGACGAAAAAUAAAAGAAUACGAAGACAGGACGAAGUAAAUAUUUCAAAUGAUUUUGUUUUGAAAAACAACAAUCAGUUUGUGAGAUGAGGAACGAGUCAAUUUUUUAGUUUUAUUUUAUAUUAUAAUAAAUUUAUUUGUAGUAAAACGUACUGCUAACUUAAAUUCGAUUAUCAAUGAGAAACAAUUUUCUGUUCGAGUUAUUUCUUUCGAGUCUUCUUCCGUUUAUUUUCCAUUUACCAAGAGACACAUGUCACGUGGUUUCGCUGUUAGCAGUAUGUCUCGUUUCCAAAUCUCUCAAACUUGCUGAAUAAUGCAAUAUAGAGAGAGAGUGUUACUUAUUACAAAUAGUCGUUAGCCCGUGGAAAAUCCACGUGUUCGCCCGUCCUUUUUAUACCGCAUUGCGUGCUUCUCGCUAUUGCGUAGCUAAGCUACCAUUUUGCGUGACAGACAGACAGACGUAUACGGACAUUAUAAUAUAGAUAUCUUCCGUAAAGGCUAAACUACACGGUAAGUUUAAACGGACUAUUUGGUUGUAAGAAACACGUUAUAAGUUUAGUGGCAGGUAAUACACCUGUCUACACGUGUUAAAAUGUAUAGGUUUUUUUUAAAAAAAAAUUUAAAAAUAAAUACCAAAUAAAAUUGCGAUUAUUGCUAUAGUAGCAGAAAAAAAGCGAACUAGCACUGUGAAUAGAAACCGAAAAACUACGCUCAAAUCUUUAGUAUAAACAAUAGCUCAAUAAUCAUUCUGUUAAUUUCAAUAAAAAAGCUUAGCAAAAUUGAACAUGUCCAAAUUUUAAAAAACCUUAUGAAACCGAAAAAAGAUUUUUUCUCUUACAUUUAAACGGUCCGUUUAACCUUACCGUGUAUUUUAGGCUUUAUAUUUUUCAUGUGAAUGAAAUUUUUUUAAGAUGUGAAAUGACAAUAAAAAGAACUAACAAAAUUAUUUAGAAUGUUAAAAAUGAUAAUAAGAAGAAAAAAUAUAUAAAAUUAUAUUAUAUUAUAUAUUAUACUUUUAUAUAAAUAUUUUAUAUUGUAAAAUUAUUUUUAUUUAUUUAAAAAUAUUUAUGUAAAAAGUGGUUUUAUUUAUAACAAUAUUAUUUGCUUUUUAAAAAACUGUAAAUAAAAAAAAUGUAAAAAUAUUAAACAUUCACAA